AUGAUUCUCGGCCCUCUACUCCCCCUGCUUGUAGCGGCUACUUUUGUCGCGCCAGCCAUAUCCCUCACGCCCGCAGGAUGGCGGGCACAGAGCAUUUAUCAGGUCAUGACUGACCGCUUUGCUCGAACCGACCUGUCAACGACGGCGACUUGUGAUGCCUCUCAAGGAGUCUAUUGUGGUGGCACGUGGAAGGGCUUGAUCAGCAAGCUGGACUACAUUCAGGGAAUGGGCUUUACAGCUAUAUGGAUUUCCCCUUUUGUCGAGCAGAUGUCUGGAGACACGACAGACGGCUCAUCGUACCAUGGCUACUGGGCACAGAAUAUAUAUGCGGUCAACUCAGCCUUCGGCACAUCCAGUGAUCUCGUCGCGCUUUCUGCGGCUCUCCAUAGUCGGGGAAUGUACCUGAUGUUAGAUGUCGUUACGAACCAUUACGCCUGGAAUGGCUGUAGUAGUUGCGUCGACUACAGCGUCUUCGACCCUUUUAACUCAAAGUCAUACUUUCACGACCCGUGCUCCAUCAACUACGACAAUCAGACCUCCAUCCAGGUAUGCUGGCAAGGCGAUGAAGUCGUUUCCCUCCCGGACCUGCGCACCGAGGAUAGCGACGUCUUGAACACCUUCAAUAGUUGGAUCAAAGACGUCGUGGCCACUUACAACAUCGACGGGAUUCGGCUUGAUAGCGCUAAGCAUGUCGACGACGCCUUCUUGCCCAGCUUCGAGGAUGCAUCAGGGGUGUACAUCGUUGGUGAGGUAUUCAAUGGCGAUCCAACUUAUGUUAUUCCCUACCAGCAGUACCUUAGUGGCUUGAUCAACUAUCCUACAUAUUAUUGGAUUACGCGAGCUUUUCAAUCGACCUCGGGCAGUAUCUCUGACCUGGCUAAUGGAAUCAACACUAUGAAGAGUCAAGCGACUGAUUUGAGCUUAUACGGCUCGUUCCUAGAGAACCACGAUAAUGUCCGCUUCCCCUCGCUCACUAGCGAUAUGAGCCUCGCCAAGAGCGCAAUCGCUUUCACGAUGCUUAUGGAUGGCAUACCGAUCAUAUAUGAGGGCCAAGAACAACACUACCAAGGCGGGGACACUCCCAACAACAGGGAAGCCAUCUGGCUGUCUGGCUAUGAUACCUCGGCAGAGCUAUACAAGUGGAUUACCAACCUGAAUGCUAUUCGCAAGUUGGCCAUCUCAAAAGACUCAACGUAUCUGGACUACUCGGCCUGGCCCAUCUACACGGACUCUCAUACCAUUGCUAUGCGCAAAGGGUACACCGGUUAUCAGAUCGUCGGUGUGUACAGUAACGUUGGCUCGAGCGCGAGCACGACAGUCACCCUCACGGCUGCGAACACGGGUUUCACUGCCGGCCAGGCCCUGACGGACGUGAUGAGCUGCACUUCUUUCACCGCCGGGUCGAGCGGUGAUUUGGCAGUGACAAUUAGCGGCGGUGUGCCAAGAGUGUUCUACCCGACUGCAGCACUCAGCGGGAGUGGCAUUUGUGGAGGCGGCUCGCCCGCGCCAACCACCACGACGUCGGCAGCAGGCUGUACCGCGACGUCAGUCCCCGUCACCUUCAACGAGCUCGUGACGACUUCCUAUGGGACGACGAUCAAGUUAUCCGGCAGCGUCGCAGCCCUAGGCAGCUGGGACACCAGCAAGGCCAUCGCGCUAGACGCUUCCCAGUACACCUCCGCAAACCCGUUGUGGUACGCAACGGUCAACCUCGCUCCCAGCAGUGUGGUCCAGUACAAAUUUCUCAAGGUCGCGGGGUCCAGCGUUACCUGGGAGGCUGACCCGAAUCACACCCUGACUGUGCCUUGCUCCGCUACCACGGUCGCAUCGAGCUGGCAGUCGUGA